GACAGUUGAAAUAUUUGAUUUGGCGCAAUUGCAAAAAAAAGGAAAAGAAAAAAUAUAACUACAGAAAGUAAGAAAACGCAAACUCGUUUAAAUUUGUGUCCAUAAAUCUAUCCAUCUCCAUCCUCCAUGAGUUUUGACGACACAAUAAAUGCAUAUUUCGUUACAACUGAAAGUACGGAAGGACGCAACUCCACAAAAUGUAAGGAAUUGGAAGCUGCCUUUAACGAACUUCGAAGUCAUAUUGCUGAAGAAAAUAUCAGGCUCAUUAAGGCCAAUGAGGGAUAUCCACUGAUAGCUUCAGGACAGCUUACGAAAAAAGAUGUAUUCAUAUUUGAUCAGUUCGACGGGGACUUUUUCAAACAGCUACAACUAACAAAAUCGCUUAUCAUAGGACCUCGAUGUUUAAUGUCAUGCUUGAAGAAAUCCUUGCCUGUUCCACUUGGCACAAGCCCUAUAUAUACAACCGCUAUGCGUGAUUUACAUAUAUGUGCCACAGGGAUAGCAGCCGAUCAAAAGGAGCAGAUGCGUACUUAUAUACAUUGGAUGGGCGGCUAUUACUUUCAGAACCUUAGCCGUCCUGUUACACAUCUAAUUUCGAACACAAUUAAAUCAACGAAAUACGAACAUGCAACAAUAAACGGCAUACCUGUAAUGCAUGUUGAUUGGGUCCAGCGGGUCUGGGAACGCAGCUGCGUAGAGGACGUCGCAGCAACAGAUGAGGAAUUUGAAAAGUAUAAGUUGCCGAUAUUCUUUGGAACAAACAUAACAUGUACAGGACUGGAAACUGAUAAGAAAAACGAGAUAAUGCGUUUAGUAAAUGAGAAUGGCGGCACCUACCACUGUGCUUUUCGUUCAGCUCUGGUGGAUAUAGUUAUAACCGAACGUGGAAAUACUAAUUCAGAUAAAUACAAAGCCGCUGUACGAUACAAAAAGGAUAUAUUAUGUCCUGAAUGGAUAUUUGAUAGUGCAGAAAAAGGUUUCGCAUUACCUACUAAGGGUUAUCAGGUUAAAUCGUUGAAGGUUUCAACUCCAAUCAAAGGUGAUCGCAGUAUAGCAGACUUUACCCAACUCUCCGAUACAUCGCGUAUAAGCGUAAUGGGGGGAUCCGGACGAAAUGGACGAAGUGAUUUUACAACAAUCAACGACACCGUAAGCAGCGGUCUAAACGAAACAGCUGUACAACAAAAAGAUGGGACUUUUGUCGCACCUAUUCCACGUACAGGCAAUUCGAAGGAUUUACAAAAAGAAGUGCAUAGAAAAAACGCUGUUGCCGACCAUUACCGUUUAGUCUAUGAAGAGAUUUGCCCAAAGCAAGCCAAAAAAGCUGGAAAUUUUUUAGAUGGUUGUUGCAUUUAUUUGAGCGGAUUUAGAUUGGAAGAAAAGGAGAAAUUGAACAGAAUUUUGAAUGUAGGCGGUGCGACACGUUAUGAUGUUGUGAAUGAAAAAAUUACUCACAUCAUUGUGGGACAACUAGAUGACUUUGAGUUGCGCACCUGGAAACGAGAUGGCAUUUUAACAUCGGUAAAUAUUGUUCGACUCGAUUGGUUGCUUCAAAGCAUUAAGCUUAAACAACCUGCCAGUGAAGUUGUCUAUCGCAUGUCACUUCCGACUGCACGUGAACCUGAUGCACCAUCACCGUCUAGUAAGAAAACUUUACGGUCUAUGAAUCACAGCUUCAAACAACCGGACAAGCCGAAAAAGAAACUUUUCGAAUCAAAUGAAAAGUCGCCUAAUCCACCUAUUGUGCCUACAACGUCUACCGAUUUGCCAUUUGAAGAAGAAGAGCAGAAUCUAAUCGCUCAGUACUCGCAGGAAAAUGAACCCGUCGGAGUAGUGCCACCAAACCCAGUUGGUGAAACAACAACAAGCCAGGCACUAACGGAUCAAACUUUAUCAGCUCCGGUGGCUUCGUCCACGCUCAAACCCAUGGUUAACAGUGUGCCUCAGCCAGUGGCAAAUAAUUCAACGGAGAAUGAAAAUUCUACCAAGAUGACUAGUGAAAUAGAUUUUGAAAACUUAGACUUCUUUGAUAGCAAGUCUCUCUAUAUCGAUCGUUCUCAUUUUCCAGAAGAGUUCUACUCUCAAAUGAUAAGCGAAUGUGAAGCUGCACAUGGAGAUAUUGUGCCGGCUAACUUUGUAGAUAUUGUGGACUAUGCAAUUGUAUCGUUUGAGCGUACGCUAGAUGUCGAAGAUUUGCCGGUUAAGGCGCGACACAUCGUCACGGAUUUGUAUGUGGAAAACUGCAUGAAACAAAAUAAAUUAGUGCCGAUUGAAUACUUUCACCGUCAUGUACCACACACGGCUAGCACACAACCGCUCGAAGGCAUGACUAUUGUUAUUUCAAUAUAUACUGCUUUGGAAUACGAUUACAUAGAUUCCGUAGCACAAUUAUUGGGUGCAUCGGUAAAUCGUAUACUUGCUAAAAAGGAGCGACCACUUUUGAUUUGUCCGCGGCCGGAAGGAUCUAAGUAUGAGGGCGCUAUUAAGUGGGGCUACCCUGUAGUGACAUCGGCAUGGCUAGUGCAGUGCGCAGUAGAAGGGCAGAAGGUGUCGUUUCAACCAUACUUGGUGGGCAAUAGUCCAGCAGAUUUUCCUGUAUCACCAACUCUACGAGAGAAAAACUUACCAAAUCAAAUGGCUCGUGCAACUAUAACACCUGCUGUAGAACCAAUGGAAACACAAGAAAAUGCGGAGAAUGAUCAGCAAUAUCAAAACGCAAACGCAGCAACUGAUUUCACACCGCUGCGAAAUAAACGAGUUACCGAACUGGCUGGUUCCUUCUCACGUAGUUCCCGACCGUCCCUAUCCAAUGUUCCCAAUAGUAACACCACAAUUACACCGGACUCGCCGCAUACACCCACAAACAUAUAUGGCCGGCCUUCGUGCAAUUUCGAGUACUUGGAGGGUGUUGUCUCUGAACUAGAUGACGAAGAUGCACGAGCCUGUUUACGAGAACUCAUUGAAGAGAUGCGCAAUAAUCAAACGCCGGAGUUGGAACGUAUACGCCGUCAAGCAUGCACGCCCAUAAAUCGAAAAUUGCCCACACCAAAAGGUAUACCCGAUUUCUGUACGACGCCUGAAUUUCAAAAACGUAUGGCCGAUGCAUUUGAACGGCGCUGGCGUUUACCAACGAAGAAGCUAAAGGUCGACACACCAAUCGAUGAGUUGCGUAAACGUGUCUUACGUUCCACAUGUGAGGCUUUAGGUAUACCAUACAGUGAUACUGAAGACACACCAACAACUAGUGCUAAAGCAGCUAAAAAAGCUUUGGCUGCUACAGCAGAAAUGUCAGCGUUAGCAGCAAAAUCGUCAAACACACCGUUAAAUUCAAGAAACAAAACUUCGAAAGAAUCAUUGAAUGGUUCACAGCAUGAGCAGCAGGUGCUGGUGCCACGUGCUAUCUUCGCCACCAGCAUGAACAACAGUCUUAAUGUGAGCGAACCACACAAGCCUCGUAUAUCAGAUGCAGAUGCUUUCGUACCAAGCACACAAACACCCACUAGAAGCGGUAGUUUAGGUGGAGAAGAAUCGCGUAUGGUACAACAGGCUUGCUUUGGCAAAACAACUUUGGAUUUUGAUAAAAUCAGUUUCGAAAACACUGAAGCUGACACAUUAGCUAAUGUUGUUACCCAUCAAAGUGCUACGCGUUCCACAGCCUCUUUAGCAACAUCAUCGCCAGAGCUUCAAAAGAUCACUGAAUAUCUGAAGAAUUGCGAAUCUCGUAGACAGAGUCUAAAGCAAUCUCGUCGAACAGCCGGUUCUGGUGGUACAACGGAGAGUGGCGCUUCAGUUAGUGCUGAUACUAUGGUUGAUGACAUAGAUACUGGUGUGGCGCCUUGUGGUGUCCCUGAGACAGAAACACAACAUUAUGUGCAACCAUUUGAAUCGGAGCAAUUCGGUUUAGGCACCGAAAAUAUGGUUGGCUGGCGUGAUCCUGGGGAAUUUGGUAAGGAGAGACGUUCGAAAGCGUCGCCCAGUAUGCAACAUAAAGGUAUACCACGCUUUAGUAUUUCAUGCGUCGACGAAGAAAUGCGCAAUGACAUAAUCAUCAAGAUACAUAAACUCGGAGGAACGGUAUCUGAGAAUCUCGUCAACUAUGAUCCAGAAUGCACACAUUUCAUUUGUGAACGUCCAAAUCGUGGUGAAAAAAUGCUUGGCUGCGUCUCCUCAGGCAAAUGGGUGCUCAGCCUGAAAUAUAUUGAAGAGUGUUAUGCAAAGGAUGUCUUCGUAGACGAGGAACUCUAUGAAUGGGGCAAUAGUAAGGCGUUGAAUUUGCCACAACUAACACCAGACGAGCAACUAUUGGCUUUGGCGGUGCAUCGUUGGCGUAAGAAACUCAAUAAUGUCACAUCUACAGAUGGAAAAAAGUUGGGUGCAUUCAGUGGCUUUCGUGUUAUCCUACACAUUGCCGAACGCAACUCGGAGGCGGUGAAGAAUGUAUUACGCGCCGGUUACGGCGAAGUUUUGUCCGUGCAGUCGCCGUUUAGCGCAUGCAGUGCGUCAAGAAAUGCUACACAUUGCUUCGUAGACAUUAAGAAAGCGCCACUAAUACGCGCUGAUUAUGAUUAUCUCCGCACGCUUGGUGUGCAAAUUUACUCGCAAAUGUACAUUAAUUCAUAUUUAAUGUAUGGUGAAGAUGUAGAUGCAGCUAAGUAUGAAAUAAAAGUUUUGUAGACUGACUGAGAAAAGUUGUUGUAGAGUCUAGAAUCGAUCUACAAGCAUAAUGGUUCUUAUGUUAUGGGUAAUACACGCGAUUCGAUCUUUUUUUGGUGUUAAAUUGUUAAAAUUUUCAAAAAUUUAAAUUAACGUUGAAUUAUGUAAUUAAUUGAUUUAAAGUAUUUACAAUAAAUUUAUUAGAAUUUAAAUAAAACUCUAUGCCGGCCGCUAUAACAUCUCA